AAAAAAAAAAGCUUUAUUAUUAACAUCUUCUCUCACUGUUUCUCUUUCCACCCAUUUUCUCAGGCCUUUGCCGUUCUUGUAAGAAUCCAUCUCCUCCCUAAAAAAAACUACUAUCUUCCUUGCAAAACCUCUCACAACAAUUUAGUAGCUCUGUUUUCUCAAAUUUCUACGCAACAUUAAGGCUCCUUUUUUCAUUCCCAAGGUCAAAAUUUUCUGUUUAAUUUUUUUGGUGGGAUUCAACAAUUUUGGUGUAUUAUUAUUGAAGGGUGAUUUUUCCUUCUGGGAUCUGGAACAAGCAUAAAGAAAAAAGUGUGGAUCUUUUUGCAAUUUUCCUUUUUGUUUUGGUUUCUCCUUGGUAAAUGGGUUGGAGAUACAAAGCUGGGUUGUUUCUUAUAGCAACGGUUGUUAUUAUAUGGGUUACCUCCGCUGAAGUUACCCAGGAUAUUUUUACAGACUAUAAGCAGCCAUUUGCAGUGACGUAUCUCGGAGCUUCUCUUAUGGUAGUGUACCUACCGGUCGCAUUCAUUAAGGACUGGUUAUGUAACUUAUUUAAACGCCGUUCCUCAAAAGGUGGAAAAAAUGAAGCAACCAUGGAUAUGGAUUCGGAUUCGGGCAAUAGCUCUCCUGUCAAAGGCAAUGGAGUGCAGAAAAACUUCGAACUGGAACUGGGGAAUGUUAGUCGAAAAGAUAGUGACUUAGACCUUUCAGCUCUCUCAGAAACAAAGCCAUUGGUGGCAAGAUAUAAUGAUCCUAAUGUGCUAAAGGUUGAUAGACCUCUUACUGCAAAAGAAGUUGCUACAUAUGGAUUUUACAUUGCUCCUAUCUGGUUUAUAACAGAGUAUCUAUCAAAUGCUGCCCUUGCACGUACAAGUGUUGCUAGUACGACGGUAUUAUCAUCUACCUCAGGACUCUUCACUCUUUUUAUCGGUGUGCUUUUGGGCCAAGACACUUUAAAUGUAGCAAAAGUAGUUGCUGUCUUAGUCAGUAUGGCCGGGGUAGCUAUGACAACUAUGGGGAAAACAUGGGCUGCAGAUGAUACCGAAUUAGGUUCUUCCAAUGGAAAGCGCUCUCUUGUGGGAGAUCUUUUUGGCCUUCUCUCAGCUAUGUCAUAUGGUCUAUUCACAGUUCUUCUUAAGAAGGUUUCCGGCGAAGAAGGGGAAAGGGUUGAUGUGCAAAAGCUGUUUGGAUACAUUGGAUUGUUUACACUUGUAGCACUAUGGUGGCUUAUUUGGCCUUUGUCAGCCUUAGGAAUUGAACCUAAGUUCUCAAUUCCUCACUCUGCAAAAGUGGAUGAAGUUGUUCUUGCUAACGGAUUCGUCGGAAGUGUUCUCUCGGACUAUUUCUGGGCACUUUGUGUUGUAUGGACUACCCCCCUCGUGGCGACUUUGGGCAUGUCACUCACCAUUCCUCUUGCCAUGUUGGCCGACAUGGUGAUCCAUGGUCGGCAUUAUUCAGCAUUGUACAUCCUUGGCUCAAUUCAGGUAUUUGUAGGGUUUGUGCUUGCUAAUCUUUCAGAUUGGAUGACCAAGAGGUUGCCAGUUCUCAUACGAAAUUUAAUAAAUUCGUGGCUUUAUUACCAUCCCAAAAAGAAAAAUGUGGCAUUACAGGAGCGGUUCUGAAAUAAUGGAACCUAUAUAUAGUUUUUGUUAGAUUUGUCUAGGUGGAUUCUGAGGUGCAGCAUGGUAAAAAGAAUGUACGGUGCAAGUUGAAAUCUUGACCGUUGAUUUUUGAUGGUGCAAGUAAGAGGUGU